AGAUCAGAAAAAUCAGAUCGCCUAACCUAAACAAACUCUGUGCGUGUGUAGUGUUUUGGUGUUUAUAAAAGAAUUCUUUAAUUUUAUUACUCUUACUAAGUGUUAUUAUAUUAUACUGAGAACAAUAAACUCAUUUCACAAUGGGGCGACGUUCAAUAAAUACGACAAAGAGCGGAAAGUAUAUGAACCCCACGGAUCAAGCUCGAAAAGAAGCAAGGAAGAAGGAAUUAAAGAAGAAUAAGAGGCAGCGGCAAAUGGUACGAGCUGCAGUUCUCAAAGGAAAAGAUCCAUUGCAGUUAAUAGCAGAGAUGGAAAAGAUUGAUCAAAUGGAAUAUAAUGUCAUGCAGCCUUCCCCUCUGAAUGAAAAGGUGUUGAAGGAUAAGAGAAAGAAGUUGCGGGACACCUUUGAUAGGGUUAUGAAAAUUUAUAUCAAAGAAGACCCAGACAAGUGGGAAGAGCUAAAGAGAUCAGAAGCAGAAUAUGAGAAACGAAGGUUUGCCUUGUCAACAUACUGUGAGGCUGUUAGGCACGCUCAACAAGUACAGGUGGAUGAUAUCCCUCUACCUAUCAACGAGAGUAUUGCCGCUUUGGCAGGUCUGACAGCAGCACAGAUACCCCUCCCCUCUGAUAUGCCUCUUCCCCUCAACAUACCUGUGCCUUCCAUACUCCUGAACCAACUGAACCUGCCUCCCCCACCCCCUGGAAUUCUGCGGAAGAGGUCUGCGUACAGCCCCCCUCCUAGAGCCAGGAGCCCUCCUGGAUGUCCCCCCGGCCCUCCACCAGACCUAGCCAGUGAGGACGAUGGUGACAGCUCAGAAGACGAGAGGGAAGUCAGAGCAAGAGACGCAUCACUCGAGAGGGAAAAGUCAGAAAGGCGAAAUAUCCGAUUUGCGGACAGCAGUGAUGACAGUGAAUCGGAUGAACCGCCGGGAACCAGAUCCGGUCCCAAACCAACUUUGGUUCAGCAGAAAAUGCUGGCUCUGGCAGGCCAGAGUUUAGAGAUGGAGAGAGGCCAAAAGAAUACUGAUAAGGAUGUGGAUAUGAGGAUGAGUCAAAACCCUGAGCCUGUGCCAAUGCCUGUACCAGCUCCAGUUGGAGCUCUUCCAAUGGGAGUACCACCUCCGUUGAUGUUCCGACCACCACCUCUUGGUAUCCGUCUGCCCCCUGGGCCUCCCCCGGGUCGACCUACACUCCCACCAGGGCCGCCCCCAGGCAGACCUCCCACCCUUCCACCUGGGCCACCACCCGGACUGCCACCCAGACUCAUGGGUAUCCGUUUGCCACCCGGACCACCACCCGGUAUGCCAGGCAUGCGCCCCAUGAUGAGGCUGCCCUCUGGUAUCCCCAUGCCUAUGGCUCCACCCCCGCUGGUGCCUCCUGCGUCUGCCGCCACACCCAACGUGGUCAGUGCUGGGCCUCAGCUGAUCAACAGAGGGAAGGACGACAAAGGAGCCACAAUAGAGGCCAAGGCACAGCUUAGGAAUUUGAGUGCGGAUGUUACAAGAUUUGUCCCAACUACUUUACGAGUCAAAAGAAACGAAGACCCAAAAGGAAAAUCGCAAGCAAUUGCAAUGGAUCACACAAAACCGGAAACAAAACCACCUGUAUCAGCUUCCAAAGACGAUGCUUACCUACAGUUCUUGCGAGAAAUGGAGGGCUUGUUGUAAUAUACGUCUUAUUUGUAUCUGUAGGUAUGCGUUAUGUAAUUUUUAAUAAAAAUGUGAAAUCAAA